ACCACGCGAGAAUAGGGCCGGUUGAGCAAUAGUACUCUGAAGCUGUAAUUUAGGGCUGGGGAGAAGAAGUUGAGAGGAAAACUACUUGUUUGUUAGUAUUUGGAGUGUUUUAGACCUGCGAUUUAUAUUUAUAUACACAUAUUUCGGAUUUUUUGCUGUUUUACCAUUCUCUACCUUUAGUUCGUGGCUGUGGUUAUUAUUUUACGGUGUAGGUUAACGCUGGUUCUAGCAGGUGUAAUAGAGGUGUGUGCACAGUGGAACAACCUGUUAAACCUUAGAAUUGACUGUCAGCUGAUGACUUCAAAAUAAACUGAUGUAAAGAAGAAGAUGUACGCUCCAAGUAGAGACUCUGUACCUGGGGAGCACAGUCACCCUAGUAGAUCAUACAAUGACCGGAGAUAUGAGGGCAAUGAAAAGCAUUAUGUGCGUACUGAUAAGGAAGGGGCAGACAGAAGAUCUUAUCCAACUAAAGACAGGUCGUCACAGCAUACUCCUUCAGGACGGCAUUCCAGGCCACCUACUGUUCAUUCCGAACAGUGUUCUAGGGCAUCAGCUCCAUAUCCUAAUUACUACUCUCCUGAUGGCUCAAGAAAAGAAACAUUUGGGAAAAAAUGCUCCUAUCUUUGCUCAAGAAGAGGAGUUUUGCAAAGCACCGAAAUUGCAACCAAUAUUUUAGUUCUCAUCUGCGUUGCAGCUUCUGGAGCAUCAGUUGCUGGAUUCACAUCUUCUGCAGGCCUGGGAACAUACAGCAUCAAUUCUGCUUACAGCCCUUUUGAAGGAACAGAGCUCCAACAGGUCCGAGAUCUGGACAUGCAGUACAGCCAAAUGAGAGCACCAGGCAUUUAUGGAGGUGUAGCAUUUAGCUUGGCACUUGGUGCAGUUACCCUUCUUUUUCUUGUAAGUGGUGCAAAACCCCUACAUAGAAUUUCUCCCAAAGUCCUUGUGGCUGAGCUUGUCUUCGACAUACUGGCAUGCAUUGGAUACAUUGUAGCAGUUGGUCUCUAUCUGCAUUUCAUCAUUCAAGUGAACUCAACCAGUAUUUGCCAGCAGAGGGCAUUAAUGUAUGCUCGUCGUGGUUACACUUGGAUGAACUGUGAUGUACAGGGUGGAGAUGCUGCAGUUGCCCUUUUUGGCCUUAUUUCAGCCUGCUUGUAUGGGGCAAGUGUAGUCAUUUGUGCUUUGACUCUAAGAACUCUGAAGGCAAUGCAGAAGGAGAUGGCUGAUAUACAGACACCACCAAAUUAUGCAGAACAGAAUCCAAAGACAAAAAGUAGAAACCCUGAAGUGACCAACUACAGUCAAGUUGCAACUCUUGUUUAAACAGUUAUUUUGGUUAUUGGAAUUUAGCAGUCAAAUAUGAACAUAUUACAGAUUUUGUAAUAUAUGCUGGAUCUUUGCAUUUUGUUCUCAGCAACACUUUCCUUGUGGAGUAGUCAUGAACAUUAAAAACUCUGCUUCUGAUUUAUUCCAGUGAUAUCAAAGUGCAUCCUGCUUCUUAUAAUUUUAAUCAUGGAAAUUGUCAUGAUUCUCAAGAGCCAAGCCAAUGUAAAAUUCAGUUGCACUGUAUCCUUGCUGUAUUUUUAAUUUGUUGUGUUUUAACAUUUGUCAUAUUCUUUUAUUAUUCAUCUGAAGCAAAAUUAAAUAUCCCUGCGGCAUUUCAGAAGUUUAGAAUCCUGAACUUUUUCCUAUAUUUUAAAGCUAUAUUUAGACUAAUUGAAGGGGAUUUUCUGAAACCAAACCACAGGCUAUCAUUUUAUUUGCGUCUGAGCUGUGAAACCGCAGUAAACCUGUGACAUAUUUCAUUUCCAAUUACAAUAAAAGAAGUAGCAAGUUUAGUGACAACACAUGACACACACACACUUUUAGCUCCUCAGCUAUAACGCCUUCUAAAGAAGUGGCAUUACAGUUAAAACCAAUAAAAUGUAUUAUCAACAAUGCUAUCCACCACUGUGCCACCCUCUAAUCUACAAAGAUAUAUCAAAAUGUCCCUGAAAACUACAAAAUGUUUGGAACAAGAUUAAUAAUUGAGAACUAAUAUGUGCAUGACAAACUUUCAUCAUUCACAUGUAAUAGUUACUAUUAUUUCAUUAAAAUGUUAAAUUCUC